CAUGGGAGGAGGCCCCAGGACCCCGACCCUCACGGCCCUCCUCUGCCUGGGGCUGUGUGGGGGCCCCUGGGACCAGGUCCGGGCAGAGGCCCUCCCCAGACCCUCCCUCUGGGCUGACCCGGGCCCCAUGGUCAGCAAGGGCAGCCCUGUGACCCUCUGGUGUCAGGGGUCUCUGCGGGCUGAUGCCUACGGUCUGUAUAAAGAGAGGGGCUCUGAGCCCUGGCUUACGAGGAUCCCACAGGCCUCCAGCAACAAGACCGGGUUCCUCAUUCCAUCCACGAGCUCACACCAUGCAGGGCUAUACGAGUGUGCCUACAGCGCUGGGCGCAUCCUGUCUGAGCGCAGCGAGCCCCUCGUCCUGGUGGUGACGGGAGUGUUCAGUGCACCGUCCCUCACAGCCCAGCCAAGCCCGGUGGUGGCCUCAGGGGGGAAGGUGUCCCUCAUGUGUACCUCACAGUCCACAUCCGGCCCUUUCCACCUGCUGAAGGAGGGAGGGGCUGAGCCCCCCCGACGCAUGGCAUCGCAAUGGAUGUUCUAUGCUGGGAGGUCGUGGACCCAGGCCGUCUUCCCUGUGGGCCCCGUGAGCGCCCCCCACGGGGGUAACUACAGAUGCUACGCUUCCUCCGGCUCCUACCCCAAUGUGUGGUCACACCCCAGUGACCCUGUGCACAUCCAGGUCACAGGCCUGUACAGGUCGCCCUCCCUCCGGGCCCAGCCAGCCUCCCUGCUGCUGCCUGGGGACAACCUGACCCUCCAGUGUCGCUCGGAGCCCGGCUUUGACAGAUUCGCUCUGACCAAGGACGAGGGGCCCGCACCCCCUCAGCGUCUCAAAGGGCAGCGCAGCCCCGACUUCCCCCUGGGCCCUGUGACCCGCACCCACGGGGGCCGGUACAGGUGCUACAGCGGACACAGCAUCUCCCAUGCAUGGUCGGCCCCGAGCGACCCCCUGGACGUCCUGAUCGCGGGAGCAGACAGCAAACCCUCCCUGUCGGCCCGGCCGCCGCCCCCGGUGCCCUGGGGAGCGAACGUGACCCUGCUGUGUCGAUCUGAGACCAAGGCUGACACCUUCCACCUGCAGAGGGAGGGCUCCCUGGACCCUCCCCUGCAGCUUCGUCUGCAGGGCACGGCUGCCCCCUCGGAGGCCACCUUCACCAUCAGUCCUGUGACCUCGGGCCACAGUGGGACCUACAGGUGCUACAGCUCCCACAGCGCCUCCCCCUUCCUGCUCUCACAGCCCAGUGACCCCCUGGAGCUCCUGGUCCCAGGAGGCUCUGAGGAUCAGCCUCUCCCCUCCCCCAUGGAGUCAGGUCUGCAAUGGUCCCUGAACAUCCUGAUCGGGGUCUCGGUGGCCCUCACCCUGCUGCUUGCCCUCUUCCUCUUCCUCUUCCUCCGACACUGGCGUCGGAGCAAAGGCAGGAUGUCAGCGGCUGCGGCAUCAGAAUACGAGGACAGAGGCCUGCAGAAGAGCUCCAGCCCCGCUGCUGGCAUCCAGGAAGAGAACUUGUAUGCUACUGUGAGAGACACACAGCCUGAGGAGGACAGACAGCUGGACAGUCAGGCUGCGGCAUCUGAAGACCCCCAGGAGGUGACCUACGCCCAGCUGACCCACCUGACCCUCAGACGGGAGACAAGUGCAGCCCCGUCAGAGGAGCCCCCGGCUGAGCCCAGUGUGUACGCUGCUCUGGCCGUCCACUAGCCCAGGAAGGGCCCAGACCCCACACUCCAGGGCAGGGGCCUGCAGGGGCCCCAGAAGGCACAGGAGCUGCCCCCAAGGACACUCAGCAGUGGCCCCGGCCAACCUGGAGACCCGAAAUGGAACCCCAGCAGCUCCUGGAAUCUCCUGGAAGUCAACUGCUUCCAGAACUCCAUCGUCACACAGCUGAUCGACGUCCCCAUCAAAGGGACACCGCUGCCUGCAAGGGUUCCAUGGAACUGCCUCAAGGCCUGAAUUACAUAAGUGGCAACCAUGGGCUGAGCUGGCCCGCAACCCAGCCCAUGAGCCACAGCUGUCACUGUGAGGCUGGGCACUUGCCUGACCUCAGCCCCAAAAUCUGCAGACAAAAAGGGACCAACUGCAGGGUGCAAGGCAGCUGCUGCCACCGAGGGAUUGCUCAAUCCCAUACUUCUCAUUUCCAGAUACCCAGCCCCUUCCUCCCCUGCCUGAUGCAGCUUCUCAGCAAGGAAAAGGAAGCCUGCUCCCUACUGACCAUGAGCAUCUUCCUUCUCCAAAGGCGGGGGAAGGCGUGCCAUUCAUUGACCACUAAUCCAUUCCCAGCCUCACAUUGUAACACAGAAAUGAAAAUCUGCCCAUCAACCCCCCCAUAACAAGCUGUGAAAUGAGCCUGUAGAUCUUAUCAAAUGCCACCAGCGUUCCUGACCAAGGUGCCUCAGUUGGGCAUCGUCCCAUAAAGCAACUGUCAGCAGUUUGAUUCCUGGACAGGGCCCAGGCCUCGGUUGAGGGUUCCAUCCUGGUCAAGGUAACGUGUGUCUCUCCCUCUUCCUCCCUCCCUUGUUGAAACUCACUAGCAGCUGAUGGUGGACGGGAUCGGCCCUUCGUUCCCAGCACCUCCCUGCCCCCACGUCUGACUUCUCUCACCAUGGACGGGGCGAAGGGCUGGAGAUGGGGCUGACGCUGCCUUCCCUUGCUACUUCCUCUGCCUGGAGAUGACUGUUCAGCUGUCAGACCUUUUCUCCAUUAUUUUUUUGGUUUGUUCAGAAUGUUUAUCUUUUAAACUGAAAUUAAAAAUGAUGUUUGCCAAUUCUGUUAAAUCUGGUUUUGACUCAAAGAACCUUCCUCGUAAU